AUGGAGAGCCACCUAUUACACCAUUUCUCUGUGUACGGGCUUAGCUGUCCUUUACAACAAACCCUGGUUGUGGGACCUCCGCAAAUGUUGGGUCGGGUACCCCCAGCAGCCGCUCCAGACCAGCCUUUUGGGCUACUACCUGGUGCAGUUCUCCUUCUACUGCUCCUUGCUCAUCUCGCUGCCUUUUGACGUCAAACGGAUGGACCUUCCCGAGCAGCUCCUGCACCACCUGGUCACCCUCGUCCUCAUCGGCUCCUCGUUCUGCUUAAACUGCCUCCGCAUCGGUUCCCUCAUCAUGUUCCUCCACGAUGUUUCGGACUGCCUCUUGGAGGCCGCCAAGAUGUUUACUUACCCAAAGUGGCAGAAAACCUGCGACACCCUCUUUAUCACUUUCUCAGCGGCAUUCCUGGUCACGCGCAUGGGGAUUUUCCCUUGCAAGAUUAUUUACAACACAUAUUAUUAUUCCAUGGAGAUCUACCAGCCGUUUUUCGGCUACUACUUCUUAAACGGCCUCCUGAUGGCUCUUCAGCUCCUCCACGCCUUCUGGUCCUACCUGAUCAUUCGCAUGGUUUAUCGGUUCCUGCUCUGUGGCACAAUGGAAAAGGACCUGCGGAGCCACUCGGAGGCCAGCGAGGAUGAGGUGGCCCACCGGGAGAUGACGCAGAAAAACAGCACUGUGGAUCCCCAGCCCAACCGCCCGGCGGUCACCCGGAGAACACCUGUGUAGACGGAUGGCGGGAAUCCCCCUUGCGGCGUUCCCGCCGAAGCCAGAUAGCCCCAGCCUGCUCUGCUCCUCAGUGCUGCUCUCCCCCACCCGGCCCUGACCUCUGACCUUCUCCUAGACCUGGAAAGGGGGGUCAUUGUUCAAGUACAACACCCCCCAGGCCCGCCUCAAAUCGUGUGCCUGGUUCUGUCUCAUUGCCCGAUCUUUUAGUGGCCCUCCGAAGCUCACGGCAGCAAGAAGCCGCAAAACCUCUCCAGAAGAUCGGGAGCGAUCCUGGUGGAAUCCUCUGGGAGGGGGGGAGGGGAGCGAGGUGGGCCUGGGUAGCCCAGCCCCGAGAAAGAGACAAUGAUUCCUUACCCCACCCCACAAGCAAGGCCGGAGUCUCCUGAGAGCCCCGCGUUGUGCAGGGGGAGAAAGAGGGUGAGAAGAUGCGCGUGAGGCAUCGGCUUGGGAAUGGGACGAGUCGCCAUGCUGAAUUCGCCAGGGCCAAUUCGCCGUUGCCAACGCUCCACGGCUAUUUCGCCAACAGGACAAUUCGCCGCAGGACAAUUCAGCAGCUCAAUUUAAUUCAAAUUCCUUCCCUUCUUUCUUCCUUAACUACAUUACUUCCCCCCCCCCCCAAAA